ACCCGAACAAUUCACCUUCGGCCAACCUCUGGUUUAUUUGUAUAUAUUUAUAUUGCUCUGUUUAUUUUAAUGUAGCUAUACUAACCUAACUAACCGUCCAUAGUGUUUUAAAGUGUUUUAAUGUAGCUAACCUAACCGACCACUUUUAAUAUUUGAAUUCAUUUUUCCUGCGCAAAAAUAAAACAAAUCCCGAAGUUGGCAGAAGGUGAAUUGUUUGGGUGUAAUCGGGAAUGGCAGAACUUCAUGUGCAUCGUAGGUCUCCCAACACAUUACCCCUCCAAAUUAUUAAGGCCCCGCAAAAGCAAAUGGCCCAGAGUUCCAUAAAGUUUUAAGAUCGCCACUGCUGCCAGGAGAAAGUUGUGCUCCUGGACCGAAACUACAUGAAGCAGGAGUUCUGCUUGGUACAUGCAAGCAGUCUUUGCGCUCGGCCAGCCACCAGGGGACGAACUUGCCAGGACUCCACUAACUGCUCACGGGGCUGCCUGGAACUGAACUGGUGUGGAGCAAUACAACGUACCUGUGGCAUAUCCUUUAUCAUGCUGGUGGUACUAGACCUGGAGUGGCAGAUGAUCUACGUAGGUUCUGCGGAAAGCGAGACGUACGACCAAGUCCUGGACACCAUCUACGUGGGGCCGGUCCCCGAGGGGAAGCACAUGUUCAUCUUCCAGGCGGACCCCCCGGACACCAAGAAGAUCCCGGUGGCGGACGCGCUGGGCGUGACGGUGGUGCUGAUCACCAGCCUGUACAAGGGCCAGGAGUUUGUGAGGGUCGGCUACUUCAUCAACAACGAGUACGCGGAGCAGGACCUGCGCGAGAACCCCCCGGCCCAGCCGCAGUUCAACAAGGUGGUGCGCAACAUCCUGUCGACGAAGCCGCGCGUCACGAGGUUCAAGAUCAACUGGGACGACUCGGAUAUGGCGAUGCAGCCCGUGGAGCUGGACCUGGGCGACAGCCAGGACUCCGUGCCGGCCCCCACCCCGUGCGCCGCGCCAGCCCCGCCCCCGCCCCCCUCCCUGUUCAACGACGGCAGCAGCCAGAGCUACAUGGAGGUGAUCAUGUAGCCCCUGCGUCAUCCCGCGCCUCCGCGCUCAUUCUCUACUGUCGAAUUUGUUUCAUCGAAUUUAAGGAAAGAAGCAAUUUAUCCUUCUGUGAAGGGAAUUAUGUUUGUUAACAUGUAAAAUUCUGAAUCCAAAAAAUGAAGUUUGUAUUCAAUUUUUAGUGAAACUUUUUUGUAAAUAACAUUUUACUUAGAUAUUUUCAAAUAAAAAUUUUUAGUAGAA